AAACCAUUCUUUCAUAUCGUGUUUUGUAGCUGGGCAAUAACUUUAUAGAUUGGGCAAUAACUGUCGCAUCCAACCAUUUGACCCGGCGUUUAAUUGAAGCUUUGUCUAAAGGAGCAUUGUCUAAAUGUUUGUAUUAUAAUGGCAGUGAUUAACGCUCGAGCCUCCUACCAACCAAAUAAAGAAGAUAGUAGGAGGAAAAACAUGAGCCUCUAUUCGAUGGCGGCAGUUUCAGUGGUGGCUUGUCUGACUCUUUCCAUUGCAAUUGGCUGGCUCCUUAGAAAGGACAAACUUCCCGAACACAAAAGUCAUGUGCUCGGAAUGUCGCUGAAAGGACACGACGAUGCAAAGAACAAGAUUGAAAAAAUGCAAAGUAUGGUCAGUCCGGAUCAGCAGAUCUUCUUAAGUAGUCUCAGCACAGGCUCGGAAGUUACAGUUGCCGAAGGAAUUUUAAAAGAAGAGUAUCUGGACUACAUAGAGGAGACGUUCAAAAGCGGAGAUUGGCCGGAGCAAGAUAGGGCCAAGAUGCGUAAGUUGAAGUAUGCGACAAGUGUGGAGAAGAAGAACUCUCUCAACUGUGACCUGGAGAAGGGGCAGAAAUGCAUGCUGUCCAAACUACAAGUUCUGGUUCGUCACUUCAAAGAUGUCGACAAAGUUGAGAAGAUGAACCUCUACUACUCCUACUCCAAAGUCAACUUUUCUCUACAGCAACUGCAGUCAGCCGAAGAAGCUGGAAACAACGGCUGGUUCUGGAAUGUUGGGUUUUUCUCCAAACCAAAACCGGAACAGAAAAUCAGCCUGGAAGCACUGGGGCAUUUCUUCAUCCAGUAUACAUCACAGGAACAAGACCGCGAAUUUUACCGACAAGUGGUCAACAUGAUUGACCCGGAGAGAGAUCUUGACGCGCCAAAGCGAUUUGGUCAAAACGACUUGAAACCAGAGAACUCAGGAGAAAAUAAUUCAGAAGAAAAGUGAAAAGAAUGAGUUAUUCCUAAUGGAUAUGAGUAAUUUCUAAUUGUUCGCGGACAAUGGAUUUAAACAAAAAACGAUCCUAUUUCAGUUAUUUGAAGCUUAGACUAGCCUGCUUGAAUCGUAGAGUGACGCUCUGAAUGUCAUGUUUAAUUUGAGUGUCAUGAAACUGUUGAUCGUUUGAAAUAGUUCAGCGUAUUUA